CACUUACAAGUGGACAUCUACGUGGUAAAAAGUCGGCGAUUUGAUGUCUCUUUUGCUCAUUGGUUCUUCGAAUUGAAAGGCGAAUUUGAAAAUUUAGCAAGAAACUUUAAAAUGUCUGUAUUAGCACAUGAAAAAGUAUGGCUCGACAAAACUAUUUACACAGACGCCGAAAGAAACUACUAUGAAUCCUUAUCAAAAGUUUCUGGCUCUGCAUCGGGGUCAUCUUUGGCUAGUGAAGUGGCCAAAGCAAGGCAGCACAUCAAAAACUCACUAGAAUGCAUGGACAGUGUUGCUGCAUUAGCUGGAGUUCCAAAUACAGAAAUAAACAACAAAUUGAACAAUUUGGAAAAAGAAAACUCAGUACUUAAAAAGGCUGUUGAUGACCUUCGAAAACUCGUUAUCAGCCUACAAGUAAGGGUUGAAUCACUUGAGUCUGUGGGUUCAUCUAGCAACACCAAGAAAAUUGAGCCACCUAAAGCAGCAGUAGCAGCUCACGUAGAUUCAGAUGACGGGGUUGACUUGUUUGGAUCUGAUGAUGAAGAGGAAAGUGCCGAAGCAGCGAAAAUAAGAGAAGAAAGGCUUGCUGCAUACAAUGCAAAAAAAGCUAAGAAACCAGUACUCAUCGCUAAAUCAAAUAUUAUAUUGGAUGUGAAGCCAUGGGAUGAUGAGACCGAUAUGAAAGCUAUGGAAGAAGCAGUGAGAUCUAUCAGCAACGAUGGCCUUCUUUGGGGUGCUGCUAAAUUAGUGCCCCUCGCCUUUGGCAUUCAAAAAUUACAAAUAUCAUGUGUGGUUGAAGAUGAUAAAAUAUCUGUUGAUUGGCUUACUGAAGAAAUCGAAAAAUUCGAGGAUUUAGUGCAAAGCGUCGAUAUCGCUGCAUUUAACAAAGUUUAACAUAUGACUACAAGGAAGACAUUUAAUUUUGUUGUUAUUAAAUUUUCAAAUUCCGUA